AUGGUAGAACGAAGUUUCCGAUACCUCUCAAAUCUCAGCUUUACAGAGACCCCAUUCAAACAGUUCACGAUUCCUCCGGACUUUAGAGCCUGGGAGGUAUCAUGGCUUACUCGCCUACAUGCCGUCAUCGACAAUCCUACAGUUCCUGCUAGACUGAUUGAGAGCGGGUGCAUUGUCGACAAUGUUAGAAAUUGUACAAAAGCGUGCGAGAGCGCAGACCAUAUGUUUUCGAAUCCAGAGACGUUAUGGAAUUGCCUUACACUUGCGACCGUGGCCGUGAUGACGACCAACGGGCCAGAUACUAUCAGCAACGACACACUCGCAUCAGUGGAUAAAGAGUUUGGCACUGGCCGUUUAUACGAGUUCUGGAAACGGCGCGCUCUAUUGAAAUAUGUAAAAUGCGCACUGCAGUCAUGUUCAGACUCCAAGUUUGGUGGAUGUCCGCCGGGACUUUGGGCCUUUCAAUGUCAGAGGAUCGGCCCAAGGAAUAUCAAGAAACUGGGCAGGAUCAUGAGUACUGAGUACUGCGACAAAGCUGAUCCCGGGAUUGACUAUGAUAUUGCAGGGCCUGGUAUAAUCGUGGCAUAUCUAAUCCAGUUUGUGAUAGUCCUAUUCUUUGCCCUAUGCUACAAGAUUAGCAAGACAUGGAUAAGGAACUUUGCACUAAUCUCACUUCUUCCAUUCCAAGGACCUGCUAGAGCUGUUGAGACAGCCUUGGAAUGGCAGAAAGUUGUUUCAAGGAGUACCUUUGGUGUUGCGAUUGCUUCAACUCUUGUCGACCUCCAGGAAGCUCAAGCGGUAUUCCUUGGCACUAUAUCGGUAGCGGCUAUCAUCACCUUUACAAAUUCAAGUGGAACGGGACUUGGUAACAUCAGUUCGUUACUCUCCUGGUUGGCAAACAACCUCACUUUGAGGGGCAUGAUUUCAGCAGGAAUGUAUCCCCUGCUGUUUGUCCAGCUCAUCCUCCAAAAGACCCAUAAUCGAUGGUGGUAUACGCUUGCUCUUGUAUUUAUGAACUGGGUUCUUGCUGUUCUCAUCACUCGUCCUCAAGCCGUUGACGAAGGUUCACUAUUGAAGCAUUUUACCGAGUCUUCCUCUUUGGAAAACUGUGGUAAUCAUACCGGGCCCAGAACAUUUUGUCAGACGUUCAAUAAACCCACCGAGAGAGGCUCUGGUUCUAAUGACGGUGGGGAUUCAGAUCACCUAGACCGAGAUGCGAAGAGCUUCUUCCAUAUUCAUUCCAGGAUACAGUCACCUAUGCAUAUAAUAAUGGCAUUCCUGAUAUUGGACUGGCUCCUUGCAACGAUAAGGAUGCAUCUCUUUGAGAGGGGUGACUGGUUAUCCCACAAGGUCCACGCUUUGAUGGAUAGGGUGCCCUCGCGUUUGAAGUCGCUUUGCACCCAGAGAUACUUCCUGAUUUUUACGGAAGCUAUCUGGAUUUCCAUGGAAGCCCUCGCCAUCGUCAUGGGGGUCAUAGGGGUACAAGAGUUUGCAGCAUUUAUGCAACUACUUAGCGGGGGAGAAUCGGGCAACGAGAGUAACGCUGCUUUAUCGAAAUGGGGAUUUGGACAGUUAGUAGCAGUAUGUGUUUGGAUUCCUGUAGUACUUAAGUUCGCCUGUCUCAUGAUUGACGGAGCUUUGCCUGGCUGGAGAAAGCGACUUGGACAAUUUAUUGAGAUCACACAGCGCAAAGAAACGCAACAGGAUGGGAACGAUGUUGUUAUGGAAACUUUGCUUCCGUUUAACCCUACUGCGGGAGGCCAGCGCGAUGAAAGAGAGUGGCAUGAACAAGCUUUUCGGCACGCUGUCCAGCGGUUCCCGCAACUCACAAACGUCACCGUCACACCGGCGGCGCACGGUUUUCUUUUCAUGCCGCUUUUUCAAACACCCAUGAUCCGAGCCUUGCCAUUCGGGUUUGUGUAUCCAGUUAUUCGGACUUGGCCAUCUGACGAGGCUCUUGGAUACGGUAGUCCUGAAAAUUGCCCAGAAGGAUGGGGAAAUGACGACGAAAGGAAACAGUGGCGCGGAUUCUGCACAGUGACAAACGUCCUGGUAGAUUACGCAGACAGCCUCCAAAUCUCAGAGCUAGUUGUGGACAAUCACACUCUGCCCACCGGGAUUGACUACACUCUUUUCGACAAGCCAAACGCAGAGUAUGAUAGUCUUUGCAAGAUUGUCGCACGACCUGACUUUAGACGUAUCGUGCUCUCGUUAACAACGGGAUGUCGCGCCGACUUUGACGCUGAAGAUUGGAAUAUCUACCGGAACGGCAGGAUUUCCUGCCUCUUGGCCAAAGCAAUUGGUCUGGAGGAAGUUGUCUUGAAAAGUGACUAUGGAUUGAACUCUUGGUCUUGCCCCAUCCAGGACUCCAUAUCGCUUUUUGAUCUCUUUCCCAUCGAGGAUUUGUCACGCAGACACCCGAAGCACUUUGGACUUUCCGGGAUGCAAGUCGCCCAGGAUGAUCUCAUCUCCUUCCUUGGCAAGCUCCCGCCAACUCUCAAAUCAGUCAAUCUCAGCUUUCUCUCCCUUGCCGAGGGUCAUGGAAACCAUGCUGACAUGUUGGCCAAUAUCCGGGACAAAUUAAGCUGGAGAAACCGACCUGCCAGUCAAAGAAUCAAGGUCAGCAUCUCAAUGAAGCUCAAUCAGUACCAUAAAGGCCGCUAUGUAUGCCUUGACAAAGAGGUUCAAGAAUACCUUUACGGCGAUGGUCCCCCUCCCUUUAUUGCUCAAGAAGGAAGGGCGGCUUCUCUCUUCUCAUAUGGUACCGGCAUUGUCCAUGACGAGUUCGACCCUAGCUUUGUGGUACCAUAUGAAACGAAUAGAAGGCGUCUCGGAAGACGCGUUGGUCACUUUAUCAAUGCUGCAUAA